GCUGCCGCCGCCGCCGCCGCCGCCGCCGCCGCUGCUGCCGCCGCCGCCGCCGCCGCCGCCGCCGCCGCCGCCGUCGUUGCUGCUGCCGCCGCCGCCGCCGCCGCUGCUGCUGCUGCCGCCGCCGCCGCCGUUGCCGCCGCCGCCGCUGCCGCCGCCGCCGUUGCUGCCGCCAUCAUGCCGCCGCCCUGCCGCCGCCCGACGUCGUUGCUGCCUGCCGCCGCCGCCGCCGUUGCUGCUGCUGCGCCGCCGCCGCCCGCCGCCGCCGCCGCAUGCCGCCGUGCUGCUGCUGCUGCCGCCGCCGCCGUUGCUGCUGCUGCCGCCGCCGCGUCGUGCUGCUGCGCCGCCGCCGCCGCCGCCGCCGCUGCUGCUGCCGCCGCCGCCGCUGCUGCUGCCGCCGCCGCCGCCGCCGUUGCUGCUGCUGCCGCCGCCGCCGCC